AUGGUUCCACACGUAGCUAGGAGUCCUCAACUCAGUCUAUCACAUUUACUAUCAUCAACACCAACUUUUUCGUUUCUUGAAGAGCUAGUCAACAUUUCACAACCCAAAAGCUCAAACUCCAGUUCACUACUGCACCGCGACUUGUUCAAGAUUAGUAAAGUAUUGGAUGAUAUUGAUCUAUACCUCAAUGAUUUGAUCAUCGCGUUUAACAAUAUUAAAGAAGUAUCAAGACAUGCGAGUAACAUUUUAGAUUGGUUUUAUGAAGGUAAACAUGCAUUACAAAGUUUAUUUCGAGAUAUGGAUAGCAUUGAUUCGAUUAUUUCGCGGCUUUUAUUGAGGAUUGAGUCGGCUGAUUCGUCAACGAACAUUAGUCAGGGACUUAUUAGAAAGUUCGAAGAAGUUAGUGAUGUUUUAUUGGAUGUUAAGAAAUCCCUGAUUGUCUUAAAAAAGAAUUUGGAUGUCUCGACAAAUUAUCAUGAGUUAAUGGAGUCAGUCAUUAAAUCAUUAACCGCUGAGAUAGAUGAAUGUACCAAACUGGUGAUCAAGAUGAAAGAGCACAAGUUGUCAAGCCCGAAAAGGGUAUUACCACAAUUCAACUUGAAUGAAAUUGUUUCCAAAAUGAAGAUUAAUGAAUUCACCAGCACGGCAAUUUCAGUAAAGUCGGUUCGACUUCCAACUUUCAAUGAUUUAGAUCAGGAUCUUUAUGAUGAAUUUUUGGAUGUGGAAAAGAAGAUUCUUCCACUACGUAUAUCACUUGAUAUUGUUCCAUCGAAGAUUGAGGAGUUCAAUACAAUCUGUCUGCUGAGCUCUUUCAAAGUCCCUCGUGAGCAUGUGCUUUCGAGUUACGAGUUGAUGUUGGAUAAGUGGAGAUAUUUGGAAAAACAAUUCAAGCUUUUGAAGCGGGAAAAUAUUGAUUGCAAGUGGAAUGAAAUUUUCUUGUACUUGAUUAAGCAAAUUGAAAAAGAAUGUAAUGAAUUGAUUGACGUUUUGGCAUUUUCUGAUACUACUAGUACAGAUGGAAACUCGACGAUUAGUGAGGAUAUUGGCUCCAGAUAUAAAGUGUGUUCAAACUCGAUGAAUAUAAUCGAGAGUGCAAUUACUGAAGGAAUCACCACGGAUAGGGAAAUCCCGCAAACUUUUAAUAAAAAGUUGCACCCAAAAUGGAUGGAAGUAAAUGACUUGAUUUUACGAGCUAAAGCUGAUCUGGAUGCCCGUGAGAUAAAGUUUGAACGAAAGAAGGAAUCUGCACCUAAAAGUACAGGGUUGCGCCAAUUUCGUACAGUAUCGAAGGAGUCAUACAAUGAUGCGUUUGAUCGUCCGAUGAGUAACGGUAUGGGAAUUGAUUUCAAUGUUGAUGUUGAAUCCGUUACGAUGCCCUUGAGCGUCACAAAAAAGGAUCGCGUCAAGGACUUCUUGACUGAGGAGAAACCGAAGGGAAAGGAUUUAAAGGGUAGUCUCAUCCAAGUUUUUGAAGGGUUGAACUUACACGAUCGAGAGGAUGAAGAGGAAACGUUGGUAAAGACUCCGGUGCUCAAUGGCCCUGUAAAAUUGAAAACGCAACAGAGACAAAAGGUUGUUUCAUUUGAUUUUGAUAGUUAUACAAACAACAUUUUAAACUCAAGUGCACGUCCGGCAUCAAAAUUACCACGCAUUGUUUCAAACUAUAUUGAAUUGGGGUAUCCUAAAAUAACUAAAAGGGGAGGUUUUACCAAGAUUCCCGAAAUUGACGUUACUCAUCCUGUUUUUCAAUCACCUUACAAAGGAAUUAGCCAACAUAGUAACCGCACGAUUACCAAUGGUUUUGAUAUUUCACCUCCUUCGAUUAAAGACCACAGUGACCCAUUUUAUAUAAGCCGAUCGCGAGCAAGUUCAACCGCUACUGUGAUUGGCAGACCAAAUUCUUUACUAAAUGAAGCGACGAUUCCAAAUUUGACUUAUUCUCGAAGGCUAAGUUACAAUUGCACAUCGCCUGAGCGACCAUCAUCUUCCUUGGGAUCACGAUUUGACGAUGAAAACUUGCUCAAGUCUCUCCACGAAAGCCGACCGAUAUGGAAAUAA